AUGCUGCAUUCGCCACGUUUCACAUGUGACUGUGCCCCAGGCUAUCACGGAAGGCGCUGUGACCAGCCAAUCAAGUCAUGCCGUGGAUACGUUAGUGGUAGCUAUGACCCACCAGUCUCGGGGCAUUACACAAUCGUGGAUGACGAGAAUCAACCCUUUCCAGUAUUUUGCAAUUUCGCUAAGUCAGCAGAUAAUAUUACAGUAUCUUGGACACUCAUCCAGUCCUAUAAAUUUGGAGAAAAAAGUGGAUUUCGGAAAUCUUUUUUCAGGAACGAUCGCUGUCGAAGGCUAGAAUGCACUCCAUACAGAACGAUUCUUCAAAAUGGCUUAAAAACUCAAGUUGAUAUUUUAACUGUGAGUGGUAGUAAAUGCAUGAAUGUUGAUAUUCCAUGUGGCGAUGAGAAAGGAAAUAAAUUCGGCGAGGAUAACUUUGGUCGAUAUCAGAAUGGCUGCGUUAACCCAGCUCAUCGUUGUUCUAUGAGUGAUUUGUCCACGACUCAAGCCUAG